AUGACAGAUAUUGAUGAAACAUUACAACAAAAGUCAAGUAGCGAAGAUGAGGAAGAAGAACAUGUAAUAAAAUCAGGGGGACAUUUUGAUCCACAAAGGUGGCCAUAUUUAAAGAAAUUUCGUAUCCUUUUCCUUAUAUCCUUACCGACAUUUCUUACUCCAUUAUCACAUGUAUUUUUAUACCCCGCAAUGUUGGAGAUAAAAAGAGAUUUUAAUACUACCGCAGAAUUUGUAAAUUUAUUAUUCGUAAUCUUUUUCAUUUUUCAAGGAUCCACAGAAUUGAUAAUAUUCAGAGCAUUGCAAUCUCUCGGAAUUUCAGCUUCUUUUAGUCUAGGUGGAGGAACCAUUAGUGAUUUAUUCAUUCCAAGUGAACGAGGAAGAGCAUAUGCCGUUUAUCUUAUCGGAUAUUUUGUUGCAUUUGCAACUGGUCCAUUCAUUGGUGAAUUGAUAACACAAUUAUUAGGAUGGCGUUGGAUAUUUUAUGUGUUAGCAAUAUCCGGAGGAGUAAUCCUCUUACUAUUAGCAUCCUUUUUACCUGAGACAUUUCGACCGUCAGAAGGAUCACUUCGAUCAAUAAAGCCACAUAAAGUUCAAAUUGUAAGAGUAGAAAAUCCAAUAUCACCAUCGGAAGAAUCAACAUCAUUUAUACAAAGGAAGCGUUAUAAUCCUUUAUCACCUUUAAAAUUAUUGCUGCAAUUAAAUAUCACAUUAGCAAUACUUAGUAAAUCAGUAACCUUUUCGAUUAUAUAUAUACAAAGUAUAUUAAUUAUCGAGGAGUUUUCUUCUUUUUAUGAUUUGUCGAAUUUAACCAUUGUAUUGACUUAUAUGAGUCCUACCGUCGGUUAUUUGAUUGGUAAUUUUAUAACUGGAAAAUAUUCUGAUGUUCUCAUUAAACAUGAAAGUGAUGAUACACAAGUGAUAAAAGAAGAUAAACCUGUCUUUAAAUUUCCUGUAAUGAGAAUUAAAGUAGCAUAUUAUUCAAGUUUGUUGGUGCCUUUUUUUAUAGCAUCACUUGGAUGGUUAUUGCGGAACAGAGUCCACGUUGCAAUACCAUUAAUAAGUACAUUCAUAGCCGGAAUUGGAUUACAAAGUCAAUGUAAUGGUGUUUCAACGUAUCUAAUUGAUGCUUGUCCAGGAAAAAGCGCUUCUGCAUUAGCUUUAAGUGAAUUCUUUUCAUAUUUGUUGGUUGUUAUUGUAAUUUUAUUAAUUAGACCUCUAGAGGUUCUUGUUCUUUUAGGUAUUGGUUGGACCGUUUCUAUUAUGGCCCUUUUUAGUUUCCUUAGCAUUAUUUUCUUGUUUAUUGUAUUAGGAUUUGAUGCGAGGUGGAGAGGUGUUAAUACCUUGUAA